GUUUGUUGUCAUUUACUGAAUGCUUCAGAGAUCAGUUCACUUCGAACAAGCAACUCGAAACAGUGCGUCUAUCGAAUAAAAUUUAAAUUAUUUUUUUUGUUACAUUAUUAAAGUGUAUUAUUUAUAAAACUCUUCAACAGACUCUUAACGGAAAUUUGAUAAAUUAAUUAUCUAUCAGCCUUAAAAUGCAUCCAAAACACCAUGUUGUCGAUGUCCGUUCCGAUACUAUUAGCCAUCCAACUGCCGAAAUGAGACAAGCCAUGUUUGAAGCCGUUGUCGGUGAUGAUGUCUACCACGAGGAUCCAACAGUUAAAGAGCUUGAAGCAAAAUCAGCUCAAUUAUUCAAUAAAGAAGCUGGUCUUUUUUGUCCAAGUGGAACCAUGGGAAAUCUCUUAGCAAUAAUGGUGCAUUGCAGUCGUCGGGGAACGGAAGCAAUUGUCGGUGAUUUAUCUCAUACAUUCCUUUAUGAACAAGGUGGUGCUGCACAUAUAGGCGGUGUGCAAUUAGCUACCAUCAAAAAUAAGCCAGAUGGGACGUUCUGCCUGAACGAACUGAAACGGAAAAUCCGCUCCAACGACUGCCAUGAGCCCAUUACAUCGCUGGUAAUCGUGGAGAACACCCACAACAUGUGCGGCGGCAGGGUCCUGCCACUGGAAUGGCUGGACCAACUUGCGGAUAUUUGUAAAAAAAGCUCAACAAAAGGCAACGGAGGUGGAUGCUAUGUAGGAAAUGGCGGAGGCACUACCAAUGGCACCGGUAUCGGUGGUGACGGCAACAUUGCUCUUCACAUGGAUGGAGCUAGAGUGUUUAAUGCAGCCGAGGCAAUGGGCACCACAGUGGAACGCAUCGCCAGAGACAUCGAUUCGGUGUGCUUCUGUCUGAGCAAAGGACUCUCGGCGCCAGUGGGGUCGAUGCUGGUUGGAUCAAAGGAUUUUAUCAAUGAAGCAAGACGUCUUCGGAAAGCCAUUGGAGGUGGUAUGCGUCAAUCUGGUAUUCUCGCCGCAGCUGGUUUAGUCGCACUAAACACUAUUGUAAAACUCCUCCCUGAACAUCAUCGCAGGACAUAUCGUAUUGCCGAAGCUAUCCACAAGUUGAAAAGUCCAUUUAUAACUGUCGAUAUUGACAAUGUUCAAACAAAUAUCCUUUUGGUACAUAUCAAGACUGAUAAAAUAACUGCUAGUGAUUUUGCUGCCCGUCUAGGAUGUGUGACUGACAAAGAGUUAGCUGCAGGAGUUAUUGCGGACCAAACUAACCCCAAUAGUGGUAUAAUCUUAAAAGUUAGCUCAAGAGACUGGGAAUUUGCACGAAUGGUCCUAUAUCAGCAAAUAACUGACUUGGACAUUGAUUUGGCCAUCAAAAAGUUAAACUAUGUUAUAAAAGAAUAUGACAGUGAAUUGGCUCAUUGACAAAAAGGACAUUAUACAAAUACAAAUUUCUAUUCUAUCAACAAAAAUAAACAAAUAACAACAAAAUAUUAUGCAGAGGAGGAAGAAGGGAUGCAAAAAUGGUGUGAAAUUGAACCUUAGCAAUAAACAUAUAUACAUAUACAUACUUUUAUAUAGCACAAUGUUGACAUAAACUUUACAAAAUAAACAAAGAUAUAUAAUUAGUUA